GAAGGUUGUUUUGAAAAGGUUAAAUGGAUUACGGGACAUUGUAUGGAUGCAAUUCCAAAUCAAAGUCCAACGAUCCCUGAGUUAAUUAAUGGACAUUAUGGAAAAGAAAUAAAGGAAGGAUUUGAAGAAACAGAGAAAAAGAUACCAAAUAUGUCAAUUUCACAUAAAGCAAAUCCUAAUGCUAUAUUCCUUUUUUAUUCUCGAUAA